AUGCCUACAAUGGCUUCGGUAUUCAUGACACUCUGUGACAGGUAUCUGAGGAUUCUCAGGUUUGAAGUCUUUGACCGAGAAGUUAUAGUUCGAUACUCUAUUCGUUCGGUGGACCUCAAGUUCUGUAAAAAGCCAAUCAAUCGUUAG